AUGGCCACUUUGAUGAAAGCUUGGGUGAUUCUACUGGUUUAUCUUGCAAGCGGGCGUCAUGACACUCUUGCGAGAUGCAAACCUAGGAAGGAUACAUGCCCAUCAGCAUGGACCCUGUGGGAUGGUAACUGCUACAAAGCCACCCCUGACGAGCUAGACUGGUUUGGUGCACGGGCACAGUGUGAAGGAAUCAUAGGGGGCAAAAUGGCUACCCCAAAAAGCCUUCAAGAGAGUCUAUUCAUGGGCACCUUGGCACUUAAUGUAUGGAUCAAUUGCAAUGACAUACAGCAAGAAGGAACGUGGAAUUGCACCGAUGGAGUGACUGAAAUUCCAUACAGAAAUUGGUUCGAUAAUGAGCCUAAUAAUGACGGUGAAGGAGAGGACUGUGUGUUCAUGCCUAAUGAUAAAGGAAACUGGCUGGAUGUGCCUUGUGAUGGCCCCCUCAAAACAGUAUGCAAACAGCCUAUCCAACCGUAG